CGGCAGUUGGACACCAGCGUGUGCGGACCGGGCCUGACCCUGUCGCGUUCCAUUCUACACACGGGCCGCUUCAAGUCACCAGGCCGAGGGGUAACCUGAAGAGUGCCGACGUGCUUUUGGACUUUAACGUGUUGGACUUAAUAGCUGUGUGUACCGGCGUUCCUCUGUUUUUGAAUUCGAACGUUGCAGUGCAGCUCUUCGCCUCAAGGGUACGCGUUUCAAAGGUUUACAGGACUGUGGCGGACUGAAGGAUUGUCUUCUAUCCAUUCUCACCGUGGCGCUCUCCAAGACAAGUUUGUGAAGGUAACGACGUCUAUCCCAGUGGUACUCAGUAUCUUAUCGUCGGAUUCUCGCGGGCUGCUUUUGAAUUACAGUACUUGUAAUCUUUUCGCCGCCGAGUGCGCCACUACAAAGUGUUUCGUCGGAAGGAGGGAUUUGACUUUCCAAUCGCUUUGGGGUGCCUGGACGGGUAGGAUUUUAUUUCGCCGGCCGGGGAGUCAGGAAAUGUGCGACGGAUUCUCGAAAGGCGGACCGUUAGCGGAGUAGACUCGUCCCACCAUCUCAUCACUAGCCACACUGUAGGACUUACGGACUUUGCGCGGUAAGAGCGACUUUGGUGCUUCUGUUGAAGAAAUAAUUUUACGGCGUUCGUCUUUAACUGUGUGAAUAAAAAAAAGACAGAAUGGAUGUUCUUAGGACUGUGUUUUGGGGCCUCCUUUUGGGGCUGAUAGGAGUGUCCUCCGCGCAGGGGAUCGAGUUCACGUACCCGGUACUGGAGGAAGAACUAGCGGGGACGCAUGUGGGUAACCUGGCGCGGGAUCUGAUGGUAGAACGCGCCUCCGUGCCGCGGACUUUCCAAUUCCUGACGGAGUCGCCCUACGUGGCGAUCAACAACAGAACCGGGGAGCUGACCACGAAGCGGGCGAUCGACCGCGAGCAGCUGUGCCCGCGGGCCAGGGUGUGCGAGCUGAAGCUGGAGGUGGCGGUGCUCCCGUCACAGGUGUUCCAGCUCGUGCAGGUGAGAAUCUCCGUGCAGGACAAGAACGACAACACGCCGCGGUUUCGCACCACCGGCGUGCUGGAAAUGGACCUGUCGGAAGCGACCGCUGUGGACACGCGCGUGCCGCUGGACGGCGCCGUGGACUUAGACUCGGACAAGUUCUCCAUCCAGUCGUACAACUUGCAAUCCUCUACGGACCACAUGCCGUUCACUCUCAACACAUUCACCGGGGUGGACGGAACACUGAACGUGGAACUCGUGGUCAACCAGCCGCUAGACCGGGAGAGACACCCCGAGUACCAGCUCAUACUAACGGCAAUCGACGGCGGGAACCCCAAACUGUACGACAGCCAAGUUCUCAACGUCAAAAUUCUGGACACCAACGACAACAGCCCGGUCUUCGGCAAGGCCACGUACUCUGUGGACAUCAUGGAGAACACACCUGUAGGUUCUCUUGUGAUCGAUCUCAACGCCACGGAUCCUGAUGAAGGAACAAACGGUGAGAUCGUCUAUUCUUUCGGUAGCACCGUUCCGGACUCGAUUAAAAGGCUCUUCGCGUUGGACUCUGAAACGGGGAAGUUGACCGUGGCGGCGCCGCUAGACCACGAGGCGUCCGGAGGUCCGGUGUACCAGCUCACCGUCCAGGCGCAAGACAAGGGCGUCAACUCUGCGCCGACUUUUGCCACGGUCAUCGUCAACGUCGGGGAUCAGAAUGACAACUCUCCUAAAGUCCGUCUAAACUUUGUCACCACUAAGAACGGGCCGGUGGUUUUGUCAGAGGACGUACCGGUCGAGACGUUCCUCGCGUAUCUGACUGUAGUGGACAAAGACGGCGGAUUGAACGGUAAAGUCAAUGUGACCCUGCUCGGUGCGUACGGGCUCUUCGGUCUGCAGCUUGUGGCGGACAACCAGUACCUGAUCGUGACCACGGCGCCGCUGGACAGGGAGACCAGGCCGACGUUUAACGUCACCGUAGCGGCGCGUGACGCCGGCACGCCGCCGCGCACCACCUACAGGUCCUUCAAGGUCGUGCUAACCGACGUGAACGACAACCCGCCUGACUUCGGCGCCCCAGAGCUCCUGUUCGAUCUGACGGAAAACAACGCGCAGGGCGUGUCUGUGGGGAGGGUGACCGCCACGGAUCCCGACGAGGGCGACAACGGCAAGGUGCGGUACUCCAUCCGCGACGACCGCUCCCCAAAGCUCGUGUACGUCGACCCCAUUUUAGGUACAAUCGUGGUCAACGACGCCAUGGACCGUGAAGAGACUUCACUGAUCGAGGUGACGGUUGUAGCUCAGGACAGCGCGAAUCCGCCUUUGGAAGGCACCGCCAAACUCAAGAUCAAAAUCCUGGACAAAAACGACAACGCGCCGUCCUUCUACAACAACAGGUACGCGUUCCACAUCGCCGAGUCGGUGGAGGUGAAGACGCAGGUUGGACAAGUGAUCGCAGCCGACAGAGACACAGGUAGGAACGCUAAACUUGCCUUUGCCAUUUCCUCCGGGGACAUGUUCGGGAAAUUUUCCAUCGAUCCGCAAAACGGGGAGCUCUACACCACCGGAAAACUAGACUAUGAGGAAAAGAAGAAGUAUGAGCUAGUAGUGAGCGUUCGCGACAAUGGCGACCCGCAGAAAGACGCGAAAUGUAUCGUAAACAUCUUUGUACAAGACGUAAACGACAACGCUCCUAAGAUCACGUUUCCCAACGCAAACAAAAACGUAGUGUACGUCCCCAUGACUUCUAAGCCUGGAUUUCUUGCUACAAGUAUCCAAGCUACCGACGCAGACGAGGGAGCGAAUGGAGAACUGUCCUAUUCCAUCACCAAUGGAAACCGCAGGGGAAUAUUUGCCAUCUCUGACAAGGGGGACAUCAGGACUGUGAAAGUGUUGAAGAAGGCCUGGGAGGGGUUGCACAGUCUGACCAUCACCGUGACCGAUCACGGGGCCAUGCCACAGUCCGCUUCUACUGUCAUCAACAUCAUUCUCGACAGUACCGUCGCUUACAACGGCACGCAGGUGAUCGGAGGCGGUCGCUAUGGGGACUACAUCCCCAGCAACCAAUCGGCACAGGAGUGGAACAAGGCGCACAUCCCGGCCAGUCAAGACGAGGAUCGAUUCAGCAUCCCGAUCAUCAUUGUCAUCGCGCUGAGCGCCGUCCUGGUCCUCCUCGUCUCCAUCGUCGUCAUCGUCAUCAUCAAGUGCCGGCGGCUGAACAAGGAGGACAGGACGUACAACUGUCGGCAGGCCGAGAGCACGCGGGGCGGCGGCAGCAACACCGGCAGCCUCCCCCGUGGACAGAAGAGGAACAACCAGCGCGACCUGGUGGUCACGAUCAACGAAACCCCCGUGGAGAUCGACUACAAGGUCAACAACAGGAAGGAGGAUCCUGACGGACAGGAGAGCUCGAGCCCCGAGUCCCUCGCCGACACGUCUCCGCCAGACUCGGAGUCCAAGCUGCUGAAGAAGGAGGGAGGGGAGAACGAGGAGUCCGGAGCAGAACACAAGGAGGGGUCGGAGAGGGGAGACGAGGAGUCCGAGGUCUCCCGACUCUUGACGAGACUAAAAGGUCAAAACACAUCAGACGACAGCCUGAACACGGUACUCAGUAACCAUGACAGCGGGCGUGGCGAUAGCGACAGGGAGGUUCGUGCAAACAGCGCCUGCGGUUCACCAGUUGACCUUCGACCCCAAAGCUGCGACGGGAGCUCCAUGAAGGGAGAAACCGCAAGCGAGACCGAACCAGACCUGCCGCCGCCGCCGCCCCCUACUACCGUCCUGUCCCGAUGCACCUCGGAGUGUCGCAUCCUUGGACAUUCCGAUCGAUGCUGGAUGCCAGUUCCACCCAACAACCACAUCCCCAACACCAGCACCACUGGAAACAGCCGUUCUUCCCCUACUCACCCGAGUAACGCCAAACCCCACGCCAAAACCUUGUCCCCCAACCACAAACUCCACAGCCCCGACAACCUGAAAAUCCUGGGUCGUGUCAAGGACCUGCACAACGAGAUGAUGAACCACAUCGCGAACCAACCGCGAGAAAACAACAGCAGGAAGAACCACCACGUGACUUUCUCGGACCAGAGGCCAUCACCUUCGGGCCAUGCGUACACUUCCCCGAGUCACAAAAACCUGGACGCGCAGGGGAAUCCCGAGGAAAACAUAAAAUACGUUCCUUACUACGACGACCCAAGAUUUACAGGCCACGAGGGGCCGAGGAUGAGCAAGAAGCCGCUGUGCUUGAGCACGUUUGAUCCACACGGUACCAUCAGGAGUACCAUGAACAGUCGACUGAGCACUACAAGUUCCGAGGACAGCCACGAACCGAGCUUGUACCAUGGUCGGGACGUGGUGGAUAUUUUGGACGCUGUACGGCAAAGUCCUACGAGCACGCUAUAGCCCUUGCACAUGUACACAUAACAGAGACUGGUCUUACUGGGCCUAUGUGAAAUGUAUAAAAGAAAGUUUUAAUGGGCCGCCACUUGGAAAAGCUCUCACCUCAAUGCCACGGGGAUGAAAAUCAUCAAAAUCGCUGGUCAGCAUUACAUAUACCUACAUCUGCCGGACUUUCAAAAGAAUCGCUGUUACUUGUGAACAUUGAAGAGGCACUAAGUGCUCAAAGCAGUGGAAAUGUAAUAUAUGAUGUGCAGAGUUUAUUGUAAUGUUUGCUUUGUAUUGUUGGACCAAAGCAUUGCCUCUCUUCAAUCUGCUGUUCACCACACGAAUACUUACAUCCCACAAGGGUUCCGCUGCAAGUCAAGGCUCAUUGUUAAUAAAAUUAUGAAUAAUAUUUAAAGAAUACUGUGAAAGAAAGAUGUUAAAAGAUCAGAUUUGAUAUGUCGGAUAAACUGAAAAUUGUACAGGCACACUAUUUUUGUGACGCACUACGCCUACUAGGUUGCAAAUUAGUACUUGAAUCCACUCUAUUUUUUUGUGAUGAAAGCUUAAAUGUCGUCAUUGAAUUUGAAUGAUAUGAAAUUGUGGAUAAAUUUGACGCCUUGUUUAUAGCAUGAUAUUCGUCUUACAAACACUGUCUGUUGAAGAAUUAAAUUAAGGCCACACCAAUUUUAUUUCCUUGGUUCUUGGACAAUUCAUGGUGAAAAAAGUGGAUAUCAUACAGUAACACAGGGGAGAAAAUCUUGAAUAUGACAGUAUUCACUCUAUAAAACAGUGCACCAA